AUGAAGAGGAAGGCAGAAGUGAGUUUUGGUUCGGGUUGCAAGUGGAUCAGAGGAAAGAAGAUUGGAGAAGGAGGGUUUGGCUCCGUGUUUUUGCAUUUUCAAAGCUACCUUAAUAUCGGAGAAGAUGACAUGCCCGAGGCGAUGGCCGUGAAAUCGGCAAAGAUCAAGGAUGCCGGUUCUAUUCGACACGAGUUGGAGGUCUUUAGGGAGUUGAAUAACAAGGGUGGGUUAUGUCCCUUCAUCAUUGAUCACUUCGAUGAAGAGGUGACGUUGAGUGACGACGGGGAAGAAGUCUAUAACCUAGCCUUGGAAGUCGCUUGGGGAAGCCUUGCCAGGUUGUUAAAGAUUGUCCGUACUGGGUUACCAGAAUCCAAUGUGAGGAGGUACGCCGGCGACAUUCUUAGAGGGGUCAAACACAUGCACAACAAUGGGUAUGUUCACUGUGAUCUGAAACCCGAUAAUAUCUUGCUUGUGGAAAAAGACGAGGGCUUUCCCUUUGUGGCCAAAGUCGGCGACUUGGGGUUGGCCAAGAAGAAUGAGGUUCGAGGAUCGUGGAGAGGCACGCCCAUCUAUUUGUCACCGGAGACUGUCGCAAACAAUGUGCAGGAACAUACCAGUGAUAUAUGGGCAUUUGGGUUAAUUGUUCUUGAAAUGCUUACCGGCGAGCGCCCCCGGAUUCAUUUCUAUGAUGAUGAGAGUGAUACACUCUACAAAGUUGAUGGAAUCAAGCCUAAAAUACCUGAUUCAAUCUCAAGUCUUGCUAGGGAGUUUCUGGAGUUUUGCCUAGCCGAGGAAACUUGGGAAAGGUGGUCAGCCUAG